UGAAAAAUCAAGGUUUCCAAGUGAAGAACUACUACAAGACAUUGAGAGGGGGAGGGAAUCUCUUCAUUGGAAGAGCAUUUGGAAAAGUACACCCUUCUCGUGGUUUGUGUUAUGAGGAAAGAGUUUGACUAUGGAGUACCUAAUAAAGAAGGGGUAAUUAUCAUGAAUAGGUGUUUUAUGUGUAAAAUCAAGGCUCAGGAAUUGUGGUCUUCACUUUUUUGCUUGGUUGGUGUUUCUUGGGUACUGCUUUAUUCCAAGUUGGAUUUUGGGAGGGACAUCUUGGCAAGAGAAGCCAUGGGGGGAUUUCAAAAGUUGUUAAUAUUUUGCCUUUGGAGAGAAAGAAAUGCUCAUUGCUGUUAGGGGAAAGGGCUGCACACGAUGAAGUUGAUGUUCUUAUUUUUCAAGACAUUAGAUGAAUGGGCUAUUCUCAUACAUUUCGACUGUGGACUUUCUAGAGUUCCUGGACACCAUGAGUUCAUUAAUCUUUAUGUACUUUAUUUUUUAUUUUUGCUUGGGCUUUUCCUUUGUAUACUUUCCAUGUGCUAGCUGUGGAUAUCCUUGUUCACUGUGAGGAGCAGAUAUUGACCUGCAGCAUGCCAGAUACAGAGGAUGGUGAGGGUUAUGUUAAUCAAGAUGAGGAAGCUGUAGCGAUGAUUGAAGAAUCACCUUCAGGUGUUGGAAAUCAUUUGAAUAAACAUGGUGAUGAAGCUGCACCUGGCAAUGACGGAUUGUGGAGCAUGGACUGCUCAGCAGUUCUUAGAGUCAAAACCAUACACAUAAGUUCUCCAAUUUUAGCAGCGAAGAGUCCCUUUUUCUAUAAGUUGUUUUCAAAUGGAAUGAGAGAGUCAGAGCAGCGACAAGUAACUUUAAGGAUCCAUGCAUCUGAGGAAGCAGCCCUCAUGGAUCUUCUUAAUUUUAUGUACAGUAAUACUUUGUCAGCAACAACGUCGCCAGCUUUGUUGGAUGUGCUGAUGGCUGCUGACAAAUUUGAGGUUGCAUCAUGCAUGAGAUAUUGUAGCAGGUUAUUACGAAGCAUGCCAAUGUCUUGUGAGUCUGCAUUGCUCUAUUUAGAUCUUCCUUCUAGUGUGUUAAUGGCUGAUGCAGUCCAGCCAUUGACUGAUGCGGCAAAACAGUUUCUUGCUGGACGCUACAAAGACAUAACUAAGUUUCAGGAUGAGGUGCUGAACCUGCCCCUGGCUGGUGUUGAGGCAGUAUUAUCAAGUGAUGAUCUCCAGGUGCCUUCAGAAGAUGCUGUUUAUGACUUUGUGCUGAAAUGGGCUCGGACCCAUUAUCCAAAACUUGAGGACCGAAGAGAGGUCCUUGGCUUACGCCUUGGUCGCCUCAUCCGAUUUCCAUACAUGACCUGUCGAAAAUUAAGGAAGGUUUUAACUUGCAAUGACUUUGAUCCUGAGCUGACAUCAAAGGUUGUGCUUGAGGCUCUCUUUUUCAAGGCUGAGCCUCCGUAUCGGCAGCGCUCCCUCGCUGCAGAUGAGGCCAGUACCAGAUAUCAUCGCUUUGUUGAGCGAGCAUACAAGUAUCGCCCAGUCAAGGUGGUUGAAUUUGAACUACCCCGUCAGCAAUGUGUUGUGUACCUGGACCUGAAGCGGGAGGAGUGUUCACUUCUGUUUCCAACUGGUCGGGUUUACUCGCAGGCUUUUCACCUAGGUGGGCAGGGUUUUUUCUUGUCAGCGCACUGCAACAUGGACCAACAAAGCUCAUUCCAUUGCUUUGGGCUAUUUUUAGGGAUGCAAGAAAAGGGAUCAGUCACUUUUGCUGUUGACUAUGAGUUUGCAGCAAGGUCAAAGCCAACUGAGGAGUAUGUGAGCAAGUAUAAAGGUAAUUAUACUUUCACAGGAGGGAAGGCUGUCGGGUAUAGAAAUCUUUUUAGUAUACCCUGGACGGCAUUCAUGGCCGAUGACAGCCUCUAUUUCAUCGAUGGUGUUGUCCAUCUUAGGGCUGAGCUCACCAUCAGGCAAUGAGCUCUUUUUGGGUCUUGUUUUGUGGAGCUUUUGUAUGUUUUCAAUCCUCUGGCAACUCUUUCUCUAGUUUAACAUAUGCCCCUCGGAGCCUUGUUACAUUUUUUUUUUCUUAAGAGGCUGUGUAAUAGUUGUAUUAUUGAUGCUGCCACAGUUGCUUUUUGGAGGUAGAAGGAUAAAAGUGGGGAUUUGUAGUAUGAUGGGUGAAAAAUGUAUAAUCUUGAAUGUAAUGUUUCCCGCCCCUUUAAAAGGAAGGUGCUGUUAAUGUAUAUGUAAUUACAUUUUUUCAUUUGCAUUUCUCUCAUGAAACAUCACCUUUCAAAAUGGCAGAAUUGUAUCAAAACUGUAAAAGAGAUGGUUGUACAUCAAUGAGUAUAUAUUUGGUGAUAGAGUGAGUGAGGGUAUCCAAGUUCCUACUCUCUCUACUAUUGUUGCA